UCACAACAUCUGGCCCAUCACGCACGCACGAUCACCGCGGUGCUUAGUGUUGGUUGGUGCGGCUGCUGCUGUUGCUGCGGCUGUCAGAAUUUGGAAAGCAUCGACUGUGGUGACAAAACGGAGAGCCGGGGAAAAUUGCGGACCAAACAGUCUGCCCGUGGAUUUCAUCGAUGGUGAACGGUCUGACCCGGACGUAAGAAAAGGUGGAUCGGAUCGAAUCGGAUCGCGUGUGGUGUGUGAAGUGUGGCGUUUAGAAAACCAUGACCAAGUUUAACAAAAAUCUUUGUCGGAAGACGACUGCACUAGCUACGGGUUCGUGCCAACAGGAACUGAAGCACGGUUACGAAACGGAACAUCGAGGUGAUAACGGAAUCGGAAUCGGUAUGCUGGGGGGAAUGGGUUUUGGGGCGAUGCACAGAGGUGCCGUCGUCAGUGGAAGUGAGAGUGAUUUUUUGCGUAGUUUUGGCCCGAACGGUUUGACCGCUGAACAGAAGCUGCAGUUGAACAUCCAACAGUUGCAGAUCCGGCAGAAGCAGCUGCAGUUGAACGACGACUACGAUGAUAAUAGUGAAAGUUCGGAGGAGCACGUGCUGGCACCGGUUGCCGGCUGUAUGGCCAGUCCCAAUAGGCCCUGUUUGACGUGGGCCUGCAAGGCUUGCAAGAAGAAGACCGUAACGGUGGAUAGACGGAAAGCGGCAACGCUAAGGGAGAGGCGGCGUUUGCGGAAGGUCAACGAAGCAUUCGAGGUCCUGAAACGGCGCACCAGUACGAACCCCAACCAGCGAUUACCGAAGGUGGAAAUUCUCCGGAACGCAAUCGAGUACAUCGACAGCCUACAGGCACUGCUAGAGGAAACACCCCCGAUUCGACAGAGUCCGGACAUACUAACCGACAGUAGUUCGGCAUCCAGCUUUUCAUCACCCCAGGACUACAUGAAUUGCUGCUCCAACAGUUACCUGCGCGAACGGUUACACCAACUCAGCAAGGACAGCGAUCGCUACUCCCCAAUCACAGGCCACACACCAGCGAGCGCAGCGGCCAACGGCUCUAGCUUGGAUUGCCUAAAUCUGAUCGUUCAAAGCAUAACCAACGUGACAACGGCGGCGGCUGCGGCAGCAGCGGUAUCAGCUCCUCCGAGUGGUGGUGGUGGUGGUGGUGGAGCAUUGCAUCAAAUCUCCUUCUCGUUGUCCUCGCCACCGCCACCACCAGCAGCUCCCUCGUCGUCGUCCUCUUUGUCGUCGGCAUCAGCAUCUCCAACGUCGGGAAUGGCGACAACGACGACGACGGCAACGACACUUUCGCUACCGUGAACUAAAACAAAACAACAACAACAACAAAACCACUAGUAAAUCUUGCCACGAAAUGCCAUAGUUCAAAUAUAGUGCCUAGUUCUGAGCGGCAUCAGCGUUUUAAGGUUUUCCCUAAUUAAUUGUAAAUAUUCGCUACGUAGGAAAUAAACAAUGCUUUUUUUUCUGUUGGUCCGUUGGCAAGGUGAGAGGGAUACCGGAUUCCUGAUUCGGUGGUGGUUAUAGUAGGCUGGGUCGAGGCCGGGGCGCUAGGAAACAAUUGUGAAAGCAGUUUCUUUCAAGUCAUUAAAAUGCCAAAAAGUGGUUUAUGGGAAAUUAGGACCUAGAAAGUAAGUAGAUUACUGUUAGAUAUUUAGUGUAGAUAGCGAAUCAUUCGCUAGCUGUAGUAUAGGAAUGUAAUUAAGCCUUUUGUACAUUUAAUUGGAAAAAUGAACUAAAACUUCUAAUAAAUUUGUUUAUGUAAGUAUAGAUUUAUUGAUAAA